GAUAUAGCAUGUUCAGCAAGCAUGGUUCAUAUCGCCUGGGAUGAUGGGAAAUGUAGUCCAGGAACACCUGACGGCCGACACGUUAACUACUUCUUUCUUUACCUUGGAAAAGGCGGUAGGUGGCGAGCUCCCGUUAGGGUUUCAAUGGUAGCCCAAAGGGAAAAUCUGUGCCGCGGGAGUCCUUAAAUCGAAGGACUUCUGAUGUGGCUAGCAAUGCUCUUUCUUACACUGAUGCACGAACCAGAGCAAAAACCAGAGUUAAACUGGUUUAAAGCGACAGACAUUCCAAGGAAUAUUGGCUGCAGAUAAUGCUAAGCGCCUUUAUCAUUCUCAAAAUUAGGUUGGGAGACGGCAGAACUAAACACUUAUAUGGGUUGAGAAGCAUGGGUGUAGCCAGGAUUUAUUUUACAGGGGGUAGGCAUUAUGUUAGGGGGGCAGAACAGAGUUAUCUGUGAUACAAUUGGUCAGUUUGUUAAGUAUUUCUAUUUAUUUACUUGAUUUGGGGGGGCAGCUGCCCCUCACUGCACCCCCCUGGAUACGCCCAUGUUGAGAAGUGCAUAUGCCAGAUUAUUUACUUAUUUAUAUUGUAUUCAGCACUAUUUUUCUAGAAAAAUAGGUGCCGGAACUCACUAUGAAUGCCUUCCUUGUUCUCUUAUACAGUAAUGACAAUGGUGCCCACCUGAGAGAUGCCAGAACUGAGUUCUGCUGAGUUCUGACUGAAAAAAGGUACCUCGGGUUAAGAACUUAAUUCGUUCUGGAGGUCUGUUCUUAACCUGAAACUGUUCUUAACCUGAAGCACCACUUUAGCUAUUGGGGCCUCCCGCUGCCGCUGCACUGCCGCCACACGAUUUCUGUUCUCAUCCUGAAGCAAAGUUCUUAACCCGAGGUACUAUUUCUGGGUUAGCGGAGUCUGUAACCUGAAGCGUAUGUAACCUGAGGUACCACUGUAUUUAUAAUCCACCAAGGAACCUAGGGUAAUGUCUCCCUGUCUCCAUACUAGUCUCACAAUAACCCCGUGAAGUAGGUUAGGCUGAGAGACAGUGACUGGCCCAAGGCUACCCAGUGGGCUUUGUUACUGAGUUGGAAUUUGAAUCCAGAGCUCCCAGGUUCUAGUCUGACAAUUCUUCACUUAAUAUGACUUAGAAAUUUUGUUCAUAACAACUGAGGCUUAUAUGAGAGAAAACGGAUGGGAUGUUUUUAUUGUAUUUCUCUUUCCUCUUGUUUUCAACAUAACAAUAUGGGGUAUAUUGUCUGUCUGUUUAUUGUAAGUUGCUUUGGGUUGCCCUGGGCAAGAUAAAGCAACUAACAAUUUUUUUGUAUCUAACAAUACAUAAUAAUAGUAAGUCCUGCUGGACUCAGUGAAAUUCAUUUGUGUAAUGCUUGGGCUGCAAAAGACUCAUAGCAUAACCCUGUGUGCAUGUUUACAGAAGUAGGUGGAUCAUAGGGAACUUACUCCUAAGUAAGCGUGUAUUGCAUUGUAACAGACUGGCCCAAUUGUCAGGUUAUACUGGUAACCACUAACACAAGCUCUUAUAAUUAUCUUAUGGGUUAGUAUAGGGCACCAGACCAGCAUGGAAGGAAGGAAGAAAAGUAGUAUCAGACAGAAGGAUUUACAGAAGAAACAGGUACGGUAUUCCUCACUGAUCAACUUCAAGGACUGUGAAAAUAAGAGCAUUUUAAAGCAGGAAUGUGUUCACAAUGCAACGGGCUGUUUCACAUCAAGGACAUUGCUAGAUACUUAAGACUUGGGAGCACAGCCUCAUGAAACAAAUUUGUAUAUACACUAUAUAUGCAAAUCUAGGUAUCUGAGCAAAUUAAGGUGGUAGGUUGAAGGCGGUCUGUCUCCCUGGCACUGUGCCCAAAAGUGUAAUAAGAACAGGAAAAAAAAUCAUGUCAAGGGGGCAUGAGAUCUGGAGCAUAGCACAAAUGAUCUGGGGAUUGAAGGAUUUUUCAAUCUUGGGUUCUCAUUUUUCUGAUCUAAAAUUCAGUUCUUCACAUUUCUGUUGCAAUUUGUGAUUAAAUAUUCAUAAGUUUUGAUUAAGGUUCACAUUUUUACAAGCAAUUCCCCCCUAUAUAUUGCAUUUUUGUCUGUUAUUUUCACUUUAUAUCCCAUUUUUUAAACUUUGGUUGGUUGGAGAAACGCAAUGCAAAAUAUGGAUAAGUGUAAAUUUCAAAGGAUGGCUUAUUUGUCAUAUUGUUUCAGAAAUUUCAAAUUCAAUAAUUUAUUUGUUGCAUAAAAUUUAUAUAUCUCUUGUUUGUAGAAAAAAUAUCAAAGCAGUUUGCCUCUAAAUGCUUAGUGAAUAUAAUUGUAACAAAAAUCAGCACUGCCUGCCAGUUAUUUAACGGGCCCAAUUAAAACUGCUGGUUCCAACCUAUAAAGCCUUACAUGGCUCAGGACAUCAAUACAUUAAGGACCUCCUUUCCCCACACAAAUCAACCCAGACCCUGUGUUUGUCAUCCAAGGCCUUUCUCUAUGUCCUUCCUCCCUGAGAGGUUCGGGGGGGGGGGCCGGCAACACAAGAAUGGCCUUGUUAGUGGUGGCUCCCUGAUUGUGGAAUGCUCCCCCCAGGGAGGCUCUCCUGGCACCUUCGCUACACAUCUUUAGGUGCCAAGUGAAAACGCUCCUCUUUACCCAGGCAUUUGGCCAUUAAAUAAUCUAUGGCCUGUUAUUCUCAUGCUCUGCAUUAUUAUUUUAUUAUUAUUAUGCUCCAUAAAUUAUAAUAAUGUCGUACACUGCCCUGGCAUCUUUGGAUAAAAGGUGGUCUAUAAAUCAAAUAAAUAAACACCCUUUUGAGUGCAUUGCUCAGAGAUGGCCAACGAUGGGCACUGCCUUUCCAAGACCAAAAUCAACCACAGGUAAAAGUGUGUGUUCGGUCUGAUAGGAUAACCUGUCCCUCUUAUUAGGGGUGUUGUAACACCUCCUUCAUGGAGGCAGGUAUGAAACCCCCACGCAUCAAAAAUAGCAUAGCCCAGACUUUUCCACACCGGGGGGGGGAGGGGAAGGAUGUACUAGUUUUGUUUUGCAUAUUAAUACUGUCUGGUAACGCAAGGCAGGGGUCUAUUUCCCCGGGCUAUGUUUUAAAAAUUAAAUUAAAUUAAAAACCCAUCCUUCUCAAAGGACGUCAGGGUGAUAUACCACACCGGGGUAUCUCCCCCCCCCCCAGCAGCCAAGAAGCGGUUGGCUCCCACCCCCCAUUUACUUUCGUGCAGGAGAGAGUGGAAAGGGAGGAAGUGGUCUCCGCCCUCAGCCAAGCUCUUGCAGAGGCGCGCAGGGAGCCAGCCCUUCCGCUUCUCUCUCUCUCUCUCUGUCCCGCAGCGCCGACGGGGCCAGGCGCCCCGCGCGAUUAGCGGGAGCGCCCCGUCGGUUUUCCUCCUCUGGCUGCCGGCCGGAGCUCGGCUUCCCCGAGGCCAAGAAGUCCGGCAUGGCGGCGGCGGCGGCAGCUCCAGGUAAGUGCGCUUUCUGAGGAGCGCUUUCCGUGGCGCGCAAAGCCGGAGCCGGAGGCGCCUCUCCGGACGCCUCCCUACCCCUGCGAAGGGGGCUUACGCAGAGCCGCCUGGGGGUUCAUAAGCUCCCUUCGCCGCCCUACAGACCGCCUUGUAGAGGUUUGGGGGGGGGGCACGAGUUGGGUUCUGCGAUGUUAAAGUUUGAGGCGCCUUCCUUAACCGAAAAAACUGGUGGCCACCCCGAGGACCUCGGAAGCCCUUGGUGGCUUGGACGGGCCCCAUGUUUCCUUUCUCCAGCCCAGACCCGGCUGCUUGGUCAGUUUGACCUCGGCAAUAGAAGCCCUAAAAGUGCGCUUUGCCCAAUCUCACCAAAUCGAUGCAGAUCAGGUGGGACAAUUAGACCCCCGUCUGUUUCACGGGUGGAAAAGGUGAUCCUACUUGAUCCCAACUAGUAUAUAGAUGUGUGUGUUGGUUCAUACAUCCUGCUGAUCCAGUGUUGCAGUAUGUUUAGUCGGAAGGAAAUGCCCCAAAGACUUCAGGUCCUACCAGAUGCUUAGGAUUGUAGUACUGUAUUGCAUCCCAAUCCUAUGCAUGUUUACUCAAGAGCAAGCCCUGUAUAUCCAGUGGGGCUUCCUCCCAGCUAACUGUGCCACACACAGUUGUGUUCUAUGCAUAGUUAGGCGCACCUGUGCUCAGUGACGUUAAGAAUGACUGUCUCUGCAUAAGAUUGCUACAGUGGUACCUCCGGUUACAUACGCUUCAGGUUACAUACGCUUCAGGUUACAUACGCUUCAGGUUACAGACUCCGCACUAACCCAGAAAGCACUAACCCAGAAAUAGUGCUUCAGGUUAAGAAUUUUGCUUCAGGAUGAGAACAGAAAUCAUGCUCUGGCGGCGCGGCGGCAGCAGGAGGCCCCAUUAGCUAAAGUGGUGCUUCAGGUUAAGAACAGUUUCAGGUUAAGAACGGACCUCCGGAACGAAUUAAGUACUUAACCCGAGGUACCACUGUACUUAGCAUCCUGAUCCUGUGCAUAUUUAUUCAGGGAAUUAGCUCAUAAAUUUUGCUCAUCUAAAUUAAGCUUGCUGCCAAAUAAGAACUGCAGUCUUACAACGCAAUCUGCUCUAUACAUGUCUGUUCAGAAGCAAAUCCCACUGACUCCAGUAGGGUUUAGAGGACUGCAGCCUUAAUCUCUUAUUGUUAGAUUUCUCGUAUAAUUUUACCUGGACUGUCAUAUGUAGUCAGGGUGUUAAAAGUUUGGGCUGUUGAAGUUACCCCCCUCCCUCCCAUGCUGGCCUCUAAAACUCUCACUCAGAAUAAUCUUGACAGUUAUGAAUCAGCAGUUCAAGGUCCUUUCUUGUUUGGAUAUGCAGAUUGGGUAACACUAAUGGUUAGGGAUUGUUUUUGGAAGUGAUAAGAUCUUGGCAGCACUUCUCAGCUUGCUUCACUUGUGUUCACUCGGGUUCCACUGCUGAAUUGGGGACUGAGCACUGCCAAUUUAAAAAAGGCAUUAGACAGGCUUGCUGAGCUUGUUGUUGUAGCCCGAUGUAAGCAGCAGAAUGGUAGUUUGCAUUGGACUGAGCAUCAUUCCAAGGGUGGCUUCACAUAUUAGCAGGAUAGGAUGUGUGCCCUGUGCAAAGCCAGCCACAACUAGGUUUAUUUAAAUCAAUUGUCUUCUCUGCAUCCCCAAGUCUACUAAAGACUGCAGUCUGAGGCAGAAAGCACAAGUGAGUUUCUCUUCCUUUUUUGUCUGUGUGCUUCCGUGAGAGUAAUUUACAAAGGGGGAACUCAUGCAUGUCCCUUAUGGCGAGCUGCAUGAGCUAUUCUCACAUGAGGAUCACACCCACAUUACCCAGAAGCGCAUACAAAGGAAGUACAAUGCAACUGUAUGUGAAAUUAUAGCUAUUUUAAUUCCUGUUUAUUGCAUGCAUAUCUUGGCAUUCAGUGCAUCAAAUUCCUCAAGGCGGCUCACAUUUCAAAUAAUUUAAUGCAACGAAAAGACCUUGCCUGCUUUCCCAAGCUAUCAUGGCUGUGUUCUAGCAACAUAGGACCAAACUACUAUACUAUGGGAAGAGUCAUGGCUGGAAUGACUGAUGCUGUAUCAAAACAGCAGGGAGAAGGCUGCUAACUUAGUGCAGUGUCAAGCCUAUGUCAGCACUCACUUCUCAGAUCAACUUAGGAGAGUGUUUCCCAACCUUGGGCCUCCAGCUGUUUUCGAACUACAAUUCCCAUCAUCCCUGACCACUGGCCUUGCUAGCUGAGGAUUAUGGGAGUUGUAGUCCAAAAAACAGCUGGAGGCCCAAGGUUGGGAAAUGCUGACUUAGGAGACCCUUGUUGCUGCUUUGAAGCCAAUAAAAAAUAUUGGGAGAUCUGAUUACAAAUCUUCAACAUCAAAUGCAGUCAGGUUCUUAUUCACCCUAUACUUCCAAGACAAUAUGAAGUAUUAGCUGGACACAGGCAACCAUGGCAAAAUAUAGACAGCUAAGAGUCUUGUAAUACCUUGCAGAAGUGCCCGGUCCACCCAUUAGGCUUGGGAAAUAAAGGUGUCACACAUUGCAGGACAGCCUCUUUGAAGGCUGAACACAUAGCCCAGCUCAAGUCAUGCUUCAUUGGGGCUAGCCCUUACCAUUAGGCAAAGUGAACCAACCACCUCAGGCAGCAGAUGCUGGGCGCCAGUGGUGGCAGCUGCCUUGCUGUUUCUCUUAUUUCCCAUCUGGGAAGAGAGCUAUGUACCCUAUGUGACAUAUUCUGGCCCCUGCAAGCUAACCUACUGCAUUCGUUGUGAAGGACACUACCCCACUGCCAGCAGUGAACUAAGAAUCACUUCCCAGUCCAGUCAGCUUCUGUAUGUUGACUAAAGAGAGCCGCCACCUUGUCUUUCACCUCAGGAAGCAAAAGGUUUUGGGCCAGCCCUGUGCUACACCCCUACAAAAUGAGAAAGGAGUGAAGGGCGAUUGAAAGCGCCAUGGGACCAGGUUCCCGGGAGCAGAUAAACUUUCCCCACGUGUACUUUUCUUCCUGAAAGUUCUUUUUGAAAGCCUUUUUGCUCCCUGCGGGGGCUGCUCUGCUCAUGGGGAACUUAUCCCAUCGCUUUCCGUUUGGCAUCUUUCAAAAUGGGGAAAUGCCCCCUUCGGUGGGGUUAUGAACCUCUCAUAGGCCUUAGGUACAGAAGUUGGGUUAUAGAGCAGGCUGAGGUCACAGGAGUGCAGGGCCAGCAUAGCUGAGGGAAGAGCUGGAGAGAAAGGAAGUUGGUGUGAGGUAAAAACGGGCUGAAGAGAGAGGGCCCCUGAUAAGGCCAAGAGAGGGUGUGUGCUAUGGCGUGGCUGGGAGUGCAUUCCCUCCAACAUUUCUCUGAUAGAAAUAGAGACAUUCUGCAUCAGGAAGCUUCUCCCGCGUUUGACCUUGCCGCAAACAUAUACAUCAUAUACACAUAUUCAUCUGCCGCCUUGAGCCAAUGACAACCUCUCAGCCUAGCCUACUUCGCAGGAUUGUUGUAAAGAAAUGUGUGAGGGAAGGGAUUAUGAGUCCCUGUCAGGUGAAAAGGCAGGUGACAACAACAACAACAACCGAAACUGUGAGAAUGAUCAGGCACAUACCAGAGUGUAAAUCCUAUUGAACUCAGUGGGACUUAGUUCUGAGUAAAAAUGCUUAGGAUUGCAGUGUAAGGCUGCCCAGUCUUUACCCAGUUACCUGUGAGUAAGCUCUGUUGAAUUCAGUGGGACUUAACUUCUCAGUAGACAGUGCAAGGUUCCAUUAACAAUAAAGGAAUAAGCACUAAAUGCAUUUUCUUUUUUUCUUUUUCUUUUAAAUGGUUGCCUGCAAUUAAAUAAUUAAAAGUGGAUUGGUGACCCUUUCCUUAAAAAUGAUAGGAAGGGCUUCGUCGGCCAGCUUCACCAUUUCCUUUAUUUGGUGCAGGAUUUUUAUUUUCAGUAUAAACAAGACUCCAUUUUUGCACCUACAUACACACACCACUUUUAAUUGUUCUCUGGGAUGUGGAGGGGAGAAAAAGGAAAACCGGGACAUUCUAAGAUCAAAUCAGAAACCAGGACGGCUUCUGUAAUUCCGGGACUGUCCCUGGAAAAUAGGGACACUUGGAGGAUAUAGGAGUAGAUUGAGGGGAGAAGUCCAGAGCCACAAUUCGGAGUUGAUAACAGAUGGGGAACGAAGUAUGGAUUUGUCCGCAAAGCAGAGACUUGAGGGAGCAAUGCUUGCUGAAGAAACGGAAUGAAAGGAAGGAAGGACGAGCCAUUGAGCAUGUCGAACCUCGGCAAAAUCUCCCACAAGGUCUCAAGACAGGAUGCCAUUAUUGGAAGGAAUGAAGUUGGCAGAGAAGGAAGGGUUGGAGGAUUGGACGCUCUGAGAAGUGUAGAGGACGGUCGCAUGAGGAAUUUUGUCAGGAAUGUUGUCACUGCCAUGUUAGCACCCGGCAAUUGUAAGGGGUACAAAGAGCUCCAAACAGUAAGCCUUGGGAGGUUAAUUCAAUAUAUUGAUCUAAGCUGCCAUGCUUUUCACACAGCAGGCUUCCGGCAUAAUUGGCUUGUGCUAGGAUUUACCAUUUUAGCAAGUGAGGACUGUCACCCCAACUCUAUUCCCUCUUGUCUAGAGGUGCCAGGGCCACCAGGUAACAAGGUUUUAUAGUUGGACUGUUGUGUUGUAUAAUCCUAUACAGCUUGCUGUUUGUUCCAGGAUUUCCAAGCUAGGUAAGUUGUUUUCUCCCAGUUUGCACAAAGAUCUCUUCCAAGGAGCAGUUUCCUGAAGAAGCCGUGAAGCUUUGAUAGCUUUUGUCAACAAUUGCAGUGAAUUAUUAGCACUACAAGAUGUUUUGUUAUGCAUUGCCAGCUGAACAAAUGGUAGUCUUUCUUUUACUUCAGCUGUGCUAAAGUUCACAUGGCUAAGCUUUUGUUAAAUUUUAUGAGUAAUUGGCACAUCUUUAAUGCCAAAUCUAGCAAUCAGGAGGAAGGAGCUUGAGCUGUUAGCUCCAGAACUCACUGGGAGCUUCAUUGAGUUUUCUUGCCAUGUAUCAACAUUCUAUGUUAAUCCCAUGAUUCUAUGCAUAAAGGUAUAAAAGAACAAUUCAGUUUAACAAAAAAUGGGGAAAUGAAAACCACUUCCUGUGGUUGAUCUCACUACUGUUGAUCAAAUAGCUCCUUCAACCAACAGUUGCCUGGUAAGAGAAUCCCUGCUAUAUUAUGUUCAAAAGGAGAGGCUCAUAUAUUUUUUCUGCAUCAUAAACUGAUGGAUGCUUUUGUGUAAAGCUUCUUGGAGUAAUAAUUCUAUGAAGAGUGCUUUCUGUGCUCUAAAGAAAUGUAGAUUACAUGUAACACACAGCAACGAUUUGAGCAGAAUAAUAUCAGUUCAUGUGUCAUGCAUGAGCAUGUUCUGCGCAUGUCUACGGAACCGAAAGAAUUGCUACAUUUACUACUUAGAGGCAGAUGAUUCACAAAUAUUUAUCACAUGUAACUGACCGAUUUCCAGCACAAUGUAAAGACAGAGGAUAUAACUACUGCUAGAUCAAGAUACAUACUUCUUCUGAGAUGAAUGCUAAAUUAUACAGAAGAUGUGUCAUUUUAAUUUUAGGAUAUUUAAGCAGCCUAAAUGGUUUGUGGGAUUGUAUCUCAAUUGCAUUGGUAGGUAGGUUGCGCACAAAUUGCUAAAAAGUUUUGUUUCACCAGACCUCAUUUCUAUGGUUACCAAACACUGGUUUGUUCGUAGUCGUUAUUGACACACUUCUGUCCUAAUCCUGUUUACCUUGCCCGCUGCUGUGAAGCUUGGUGAUUUAACUAGGGCAGGUUAAGAUGAGCCACAGGUGUAGUGGUUCGAGUGUUAGGCUAGGACCUGGGAGACCAGGGUUCAAGUCCCUACUCAACCUCCUGCCUUGCAGGAAUCUUCUUAUCUGACAUGGGGCUCAAACUCACAACCUUGGGAUUAUGCUCUAUCAACUGAGCAAUGUAACAAAUAAACAAGAUUCCGUUUGUAUAAUAUGUUUACAUUAUUUAUUCCCUCGCAGAAGGACACUCCAGUGCACACAGUGUGCUGAUUCUAUAUGGGAACGACGCCAGUGAAUGGUGCAACUACCUUGAGAGCAUCUUUCACUCGUGCCAAGAAGUCUGGAGCUAUCAAGUGGAGAGCGGAACUACUAUUUCCACCAAGGAGCUGGACCUCUUCAAGAGCAGCAAGUGCAUCAUUAUUCUGCUGUCCUCUGAGCUGGUGCAGAGUUUCUAUGUCCCUGAUGUCCUUCAGAGCCUGCAGAAGGUUCUCCAGCCCCCCCAUAAAGUGGUGAAGCUGUUCUGCGGAAUAUCAGAAUGUGGGAAUUAUCAAGAAUUCUUCAAGGACUGGUCCCAGUGGAAACAGCUUACCUACGAUGAUGACCCAGAUGCCUAUGUCGAAGCUGUCAUGAAGGCUAUUUCAGAAGGAGGUAACCUGGUAAUACCUGUUGAAAUGUUUGGAUUUUGACUGUGGCUUUAAGUCGCUCAUCCGCCUCCUGUUCCAUCGUCUCAGUCAUGGGUACCUCAUCAGUACCUUACAAACCCUAUGAAAAUUGCUGCCAAUAUUAUAAAUUCAGAAUGUUUAUGGCAAGCUAUAUUACCAUUUCAUAUAUGGAUGGUGUUUCUUCCAAUUUAUUUAAUUAUUAUUUGCACAUAUAACUCAUCCUUCACUGAAUAGUCCUAGGGUUGGCUACAAAAGCAUCUCAAUGAAAAGCAAGUACAAAUCGUCGUUAAUAACAUAAAAUAAAACUACAAAACUAACCACUAAUUAAGUUAACGAAACAGCUGUGCAAAACAGCUGUGUAGGAGGAGAGAAGACCAAAGGUGUGCCAUGACCAAUCGUUGCAACGAUGGUGUGAAAUGCAACUUGAAGGGGAGGUCAUUACCCAAAACCUGGGGGCCACUGCAGAGAAGACUCUCUCAGACAUGGUAUUGCUGCCAUCUAAGUCCAAGAGAAUAAGAGCCAGAAAACAGGUGAUGCCAGCCUUAGUAAGCGAGCAUGGAUGGAAAAUAAAAUACUGUGUGACCUUAUUAUAUACCAGAAUUUGGUAACCAUAGAAACGAGGGCUAGUGAAAGUCUUGGUAAAGCCAAACUUCAAAUAUUGAGCAAUUUGCGCACAACCUACCUUCCACUACAGUUGUGAUACAAUCCUGCAUACCAUUUAUGCUGCUUAAAUGCCACGCGUUCAUUACAAUGUCCUUAUAGCAAAGUGUGAAGUUUCAGAAGCUUUAGGUAUUCUUAAACUGCUAAAACAUCUGCAUGCCUUGAGAGUAGAGCCCUUUAGUGCUGCUGGGACAUUGCAUUUCCAUAACAGGCAAUUGGCAUGUCUUCUCUACAUGAGAACUGCCUACCCACGGAGCCUCCACCUUCCCAGAAAUCAAACUCAGUGUUCCCUGCAGUACUCUAUUUUGGAUGGUAUCAAAAGCCAGUGAGAGAUUGUGUAACAGUAACAGGGUCCUCUGUCUCUCAGUAAAAAACCAUCCAACAGGAUGACCAAAACUGAUUCCAGGCCUGAGCCCAGAACGACAUUUCAUCCAGGAACACUUGCAUUUGCUCCACCACACCCCUCUUCACCAUCUUUCCCCCAAAAGUAGUGUUGGCUGGUAGUUACUACACACCAUUGGGUCCAGUGUGGGCUGUUUAAGGACUCUUUCUGAGGAUGCAUCAAUCACAACAUCCUGGGCCCACCUGGUCACCCCACUCUGGCUAGCUUUAAGCAGCCAGGGAGAGCAGGAGCCCCAGAGGGCAUGUGGUCAGAUGCACUGCUGCAAGUAUCCUGUCCACGUCACUGGGCCACACCAACAGGAAACGAUCCCUUGAAACUGGGCCAGAUGUAGCAUUGGGCACUGCAACCAGAUUUGAUGAGUUGUUACGAAGUCAAGAGACUUUGUCAGAGCAGCUCAGAGAUAGUCACCAUGUGCUACAAAGUUCAACAUGCCCAAAUCUGGGUUAACUAAUGUCUGGACCACAUGGAACAACUCGACCAGGCAACUUCUUGAGGAUACCAGCAGAGAAGUAUACCUCAAGGACCGCCUCUUUCCAUAUGAACCUACCCGGACCCUGAGAUCAACUUCUGAGGCCCUUCUUUCUGUGCCUCCUCCUUGAGAGGUCCGGAGGGUGGCAACACAAGAACGGGCCUUUUCUGCAGUGGCUCCCCGUUUGUGGAAUGCUAUUCCCUGGGAGGUUCGCCUGGUACCUUCAUUAUGCACCUUAAGGUGCCAGGCAAAUAUGUUCUUCUUUAACCAUCCAAUACCCUUUAAAAAAAGUGUUGGGGGGGGUUAUUGGGUUACUUUUGUUUUUAUUUUGAGAUUUUAUUUUGUGAUUUUAUCUUGUGAACCGCCCUGAGAUCUGUGGGCUGUAUAUACGUAAAUUGAAUUAACAGCAGCAGCAACAAGAAGAAAUAUGACUAACACAUGUUCGGUUGUAUUCAGAGUGAGAUUUCCACCACUCGCCAUUGUGCUCCAGUUGUUAAGACGCUGAGGAAUUGUUGCUAAGGUGUGCCUGCAGGAAUGUUCAUCAUAUGCAUUUCAGAGGCUUCAAGCCUAAGCAUGCUUACUUCCUGUUUAUAUUCUACUGACCUUAGCAUUCAUCCCAGCCCCUUGUGCCCAGAGAGCCAGGCUACUAAAUCUGCAAAGAGAGGCCUCGUUCCUGCUGAUUCCUAAGGCUGCAAAUUUGAUCAAAACGAUUUGCCAAAAUAUUUAGCGGGAAAGCUUUGUUACAAACCAAAGUUUAAGUGAUAGGAUCCUUGUCAGUGGGAAUGCCUAGAGAACAAGUAAAUUGCAAGUUCAGCAUAUUGUGUUGCUUCUGAGCACAUGCAUCUUAAGAGUUUACAAACCCCAAGCUUCCUGAGUAGAAAAUGAAAUUUGCGGUACCUAUUUCCGAGCAAAUAUGUUUAGGCUGCGUCUGUAAGCCUAAGAGCUAAAGGUAUCAUACAAACCACCAUCAUAGCGAAGUUAAAAAUGAAUCUUAACCACAAGCAGAGCGAUGCUAAAAAUAUCCCGUUAUAAGAAUUUGUGGCUUUUGUGGCAGAGAUUUUAAAAGGCAAAAACUUAACCAAAAUGAUACUUCAGAGGUGAAAACUACAUAGUGUUCAACCAUGUGGGUGAUUCUUAUCACAUUGCUUGGUUCAUUAAAAGAACUGCAUGAAUUUGAAAAUGUCUGAAAGUCACAGUAGUCUGGUUCAGUUGUUCAGUAGUUUAGCGCAAAGGUUCGCAACUUGCUAGCUUGUUAGUACCUGCUUAUUGCAGUUGGAGGUUAUAUGCCUGUGGAAGUUUGCAACGCACUCAGAAGAGCACAUUUUCAAACAGCCCAGAUGGAGCAGUAAAGUUCUACUGAGGUCACUGGUGCUGUUCAUGUGCACAUUUUCAUAGUUACAUCUUCACGGUAGAAGGCACAUAAAAAAGAGGAAUCUAAAUAUAUGUUUCCGAAGGACCUUUGAUACAGGAACUAAACAGAUGCCAUCACUGAGGGCUUUGUUUUCACAGACACAGCGAAUGCCAAUCUGGACUUCCUAGGGCAGACAUAUCCAAAGUCCGUUUUGGGGGCCUAAUUUGGCCCACCGUUUGAUUUCAUCUGGUCGCCGUGGCAGUACGGUGGUGCCUCGGGUUACAGACGCUUCAGGUUACAGACUCCACUAACCCAGAAAUAGUACCUCAAGUUAAGAACUUUGCUUCAGGAUGAGAACAGAAAUCGUGCUCCGGUGGUGCGGCGGCAGCAGGAGGCCCCAUUAGCUAAAGUGGUGCUUCAGGUUAAGAACAGUUUCAGGUUAAGAACAGACCUCCAGAACGAAUUAAGUACGUAACCAGAGGUACCACUAUAUAUGUCCUGGGGCAAAAUCCUAAAAAAAAAAAAGCAAAAAGCUCAGCAAUCCUAAAAAAACCUCAACAACUCUGGUCAGCCCUCAAACAUGUCCACUUCAUCAAAUCUGGCCCUUUUUGUAAAAAGUUUGGACACCCCUGAUAGGGGCAGGGCGUCCUGUUUCAGCGCUUGAGGCGAAAUGGAAAGCCUCACUCUGACGAUGACACCUGCUUUGCCCAUGUGGCGCAAGCAUCAGCGCUGAUUUCUGAUGAGACCUCUUGCACUCCGCAAGAUCUCUCGUGAUUUUGAUGAGAUAAGCACAAUCUCAAACAACUUCACUCUCACAAAGACCUGGGAUGAAUGGAAAGUUGUUAUUUUGAACUGGUACUCUUGAUAUUUAAAGAGACAUCUUCUUUAAGGGGGGGGGGGGAGAAACUAAGGAAAAAACACUGUGUAUGGGAACACUCCAUAUUUGGUCCAAAUAUACCUGCACAAGCAGUGACACUUGAUGAUCAUGAACUUCACAGAUUUUAUUGCCUUAAGGAGCAAAUCUCAAACACUGUUCUAUAGGGUUCAUGCAGUGUCAGAAUGCAAUCUUCCAUUUCACUGUCUCAUUCGUGGGCUACAAAAUUUGAGGGGGUGGGGAGAGGUGAUUUUUCAGGAUGUGGAAUGGUAGAUGCAGUAGCUGAAACUCGCUGUUGCCACUAGAGCUUUUAUUAGCUGUUACCCCCACCGCCAAAACUCCCUGAAGCAAUACUAUGUGAUGUUACUGCAUCGUUUGACGAAGAUGUUUUUAAAAAUAUUAACGCCCACCAUUUCCUCCAGAAGUCCCUGUCAGAGUGGUGCUAUUUAACGUGUCUUCAGGGGGCUUUUUUUGGAGGGGGGUGGCAGCUGCUGCCAGGCAGGAGGACCUGGCAGUGGCGGGGAAGUGUUUCAGCCACCCCAAAGUUUCACUUACCAUCAGCUCAAAAUUUGCCAGGGAUUGCUGUUCUCCACCCCCACUAUUCACAUCUCAAAUCAAAAGUCUUCUGUGGAGAAUGUGUAGCUCAGCCCUUGUGUGAAACGCUUAAUCCUUAGUGCAAACAAUACAGAAUCAAGUUGGGGAAACUGUUCUUCCUGGACUGUACAUGGGCAAACACUUAAGGAACUUGGGAGGAACUCUGCCUGGAGUCCUGAACCACUUUUUUAUGCCCCUGCUGGCAUCUCCAGGACCUAGAUGACAGGGGAGGUGUUUCUGUCUCUUGACAGGUGGGUGGAAUGGGUGGUGUACCACCCUCUGGAGAGACAAAUUCAGGCACAGUGUCUUGACCACUCCUGAGGUGGAGGGAGUGACAUGGUAGGCACAGUGGAAGCAUCAGAGAUUGAUUCCGUCACAUCCAUAUCAGGCAUUUUGAAAACCCAAAGUGUCAUUUUUCCAACUGAAUCUGAGUGAAGCCAGUGGGUCACAAACUCAUCCAGGCCCCACUUAAUUCUGCCUUAGCACCUGCAGCUUAAAAUGAGGCCAGUGGGCUAAAGAGCCCACUAAUUAGUUAAUUCCAACUAAUUUAUGCUUGAGGCCAAUGUAAGAUAAUACCAUCUGUGUGCAGAAUGUGCAUCCUUGCUAGCGCUAGCUUUCAUUAAACCUUUUGACUUUUAAGGGACUUUCUUAGUUAAUUCGCAAACUUGCUGGACUGCAUUGAGAAGUAACACUAACCGUUGUCCUGCACUUAGAUUCUGGCUGUGAUUCAGUGACUGAUGCAGAAGCGGAAGACGACAGAGACACACACCAUUCGUGCAGUAUUGCAAUGAGCCGAGAGCAUGGGAACUUGGUGACCAGACUAGGAAGCCUAAUUACAGUGCAGCCUGAUCGCAUUCGCUGUGGGGUACGGUAUGUCUCCAUUCUUUCAAAGUUGCCGUGAAAGGGCAAAAUGUGUGUGUGGUGCUGUGCUGUGAAUGCAGCUUGGCUGAGCUAUGAUUCUCUAGAACCAAGCCUUGCUAAAUAACUAGGCUAAAUAAGCAAUCCUAUGAGGGUUCCCCUAGUGUGUCGUUAGAGAAAUAUGUGAAGCAACACCGUCCUCUCGGGCAUUUUCCUUUCCCAAAUAUUAUUAUUUGCAGCGUUGUUUGCAUGUGUUUGCCUGCCUGGAAUACAACCUGAGGACAUUGCAUUGCAUUUCUCUCUGUGUUAUGGGGAGGGCAUGAGGAGUUUGGCGGGUGUUUGGCGUCGCAGUUGUGCUAUAACACACCUGCAAAUAGUUCUGUUGGCUUUGAGGCAAGCCUAGAGCACAGGUGUUCCUGCUUUUACCUGCUUGUGGAACAACUGAAGUAGCGCACUCAUGUUCGGGACUUGAUCUUCAGUAUUGCCACGGCUACCCAGGCCGCUUUUGCUCUGAACCUCGAAUAGCUUUGGACUUUUGACUGCUGCAGAAUUUAGCUGCAUACCUGAAUUUACACUUUGAUACCCUUGAUUUCUGGGGCAGCUUCCUUGUCUUCCUGCAGUGAAGCAUUUUUUUUUUUUACUGUAUAUUGCUUUAAACUUUAUACAGUAGUUAAAAUCUCAUGGUAUGUUACUGUUACAGUUUUAAAAAACCAAACAAAGCAAAAUGACAAUGAAAGCUAAAUAAAACCACUGCCUUUAAAGAGGCAGUGGUACAUUCACUUCUUAAAAAUCCUACUCUAGACCCAGCAAAGUGUAACAAAUAUAAACCGGUCCCCAUAAUAAUAAUACGGUGGUGCCUCGCAAGACGAAAAGAAUCCGUUCCGCGAGUCUCUUCGUCUUGCGGGUUUUUUCGUCUUGCGAAGCAAGCCCAUUAGAGGUUUAGCGGCUUAGCGCUACAGUUUUAGCGGCUAGCCGGCUUAAAGAUCAGCAGCGGCUUAACGAUCAGCUGAUACGCGGCUUAGCAUCAGCUGUUAAGCGGCUUAAAGACCAGCUGAUAAGCGGCUUAGCAUCAGCUGUUAAGCGGCUUAAAGAUCAGCUGAUAAGCGGCUUAGCCAUCAGCUGUUAAGCGACUUAGCAUCAGCUGUUAAGCGGCUUAAAGAUCAGCUGAUAAGCGGCUUAGCCAUCAGCUGAUAAGCGGUUUAGCGGCUUGGGAAAAAGGGGGGGGGAAGGAAAAAACCCCGCAGGAACUCGCAAGACAUUUUCGUCUUGCGAAGCAAGCACAUAGGAAAUUCGUUUUGCGAAGCACCUCCAAAACGGAAAACCCUUUCGUCUAGCGGGUUUUCCGUCUUGCGAGGCAUUCGUCUUGCGGGGCACCACUGUAGUUAUAAUUUAUUAUUUAUACCCCACCCAUCUGGCUGGGUUUCCCCAGCCACGCUGGGCGGCUCCCAACAGGAUAUUGAAAACACGACAAAACAUCAAACAUUAAAAACUUCUCAGAACAUUAAAAACACCAACACCUGUUUCUUGGCAAAGGUGGUGGAGAGGGUGGUUGCGGAGCAACUGUGGUUAUUCCUGGGUAUGUCUGAUUAUCUAGAUCCACUACAAUUUGGGUUCAGAUCUGGUUUUGGAACUGACUCAGCCUUGCUGACCUUUAUCAUGAGAGGGACAAAGGGAGUGCAAUCCUGCUUGCUCUCCCAGUGCUCUUCAGGGUCAUUUCCAGAAAGUAGUGAGUGAGUCUUCCUUGCACCCCCUGCAUUUGUGGUGUGGGAUCCCACAGGGUACCAUUCUCUCCCUAAUGGUAUUUAAUACCUGUAUGAAGCCAUUGGGAACGAUCAUUAGGAGUUUUGGAGCAAGGUACAGUGGUACCUCGCAAGACGAAUGCCUCGCAAGACGAAAAACUCGCAAGACGAAAGAGUUUUUCAUUUUUUGAGUUGCUUCGCAAGACGAAUUUCCCUAUGGGCUUGCUUCACAAGACAAAAAACGAAAACGUCUUGCAAGUUUGUUUCCUUUUUCUUAAAACCGUUAAUACCCAGGGUGACUUCGAGGAGCAACUCCUAGCACGCGGUGUGGUAGCCUUUUUUCAGGUUUUUGAAGACUUUGGUGAUUUUGAAGACUUUGGGAAACCGUGCUUCGCAAGACGAAAAAACUCGCAGAACGAAUUACAGUGGUGCCUCGCAAGACGAAAAGAAUCCGUUCCGCGAGUCUCUUCGUCUUGCGGGUUUUUUCGUCUUGCGAAGCAAGCCCAUUAGCGGUUUAGCGGAUUAGCGCUACAGUAUUAGCGGCAUAGCGGGCUUAGCGGAUCAGCUGUUAAGCGGCUUAACGAUCAGCUGUUAGCGCUAAGGAUCAGCUGAUAGCGGCAGCGAUCAGCUGUUAAGCGGCUUAGCCGAUCAGCUGAUAAGCGGUUUAGCGGCUUGGGAAAAAGGGGGGGGGGAAGGAAAAAAACCCCGCAGGAACUCGCAAGACAUUUUCGUCUUGCGAAGCAAGCACAUAGGAAAUUCGUUUUGUGAAGCACCUCCAAAACGGAAAACCCUUUCGUCUAGCGGGUUUUCCGUCUUGCGAGGCAUUCGUCUUGCGGGGCACCACUGUAAUUUCGUCUUGCGAGGCACCACUGUACCAUCAGUAUGCUGAUGACACUCAGCUCUACUCCUCCAUAACAUCCGAAUCAGGAAAGGCUGUGAAAGCUUUGAAUCAGAGUCUGGAUGCAGUGAUGGACAGGAUGAGGGCCAAUAAAUUGUAUUUGGAUCCUGAGGAGAUGGAGGUUCUUUUUUCUUUUCUUUUUUUGGUAUAUAAUUUUUAUUAAAUUUUCUCUUUUACAAUUUAAAGUGCUCAUUUUUACAUCCUUAAAAUAUCAAUGACUUCCCUUCUUCUCUUUCCAUGGUUCAUUUUACAUAUCAUAAAUCCCUGCAUUUUUUACAGAAACUAUACUAUUCAGUAUUCCAUUAUUGCAUCCAUCAUAACUUAUUUACACGGUUGAAUUUAUCUUAAUGCUGCCAGCGUUUUCAGCUGUACACAGUUAUUUCCCAUAUAGUCAAUAAACGUUUUCCAGUCUUCUCUAAACAUAUGUUCUUCUUGUUCUCUUAUUCUAUAUGUUAAGUCUGCAAGUCUGCAUAUUCUGUCAACUUAAGUUACCACUCUUCUUUGGUUGAGACCUCGCUCAUUUUCCAUUUUUGGGCUACCAAGACACGGGGUGCAGUAGUGGCAUAUAUAAAUAAGGGAGAUGGAGGUUCCUUGGGUGGGUGGUUCCAUGUGUGGGAAAUUGGCAAGCUACCCGUUCUGGAUGGGGUUGCACACUCUCUGAAAGAGCAAAUGUGUAGCUUGGGGGUACUCUUGGAUAGAUCUCUGUCCCUGGAGACCUAAGUGUCCUUUGUGGCCAGGAAUACCUUUUUCCACCUUUGUCUUGUUUGCCAACUGCAGCCAUUCCUGACCACUAUAGUCUGUGCAGCGGUAACCUUGAGACUAGAUUACUGUCGGUGGUUUUCAGUGCUGCUUUUCAACUUGAAUUUCAUUUUGGGAAAUCCAAAAUGGUACACGGGCACUGCAGGUGGCACUGUUGCCCACUAGAAUGGCUAACCAGGGGCCCUGCAAGGAGGGUAGUAAGGGGGCAGACCUCAGGCUAGUGAGGGGUCCUUUUGAGCUCCAUGGGUCUUUGGCCAGUCCUCAGCCUGGCUGAUUUCUGGUUCAAGCCUUGUUUUUAGCCUUAGAUUUUCAUGACCCUUUAGGAUACAGGAAGAGAGUUCCACAACUGUGGGGCAGCCACAGAGAAUGACCCUCUGCAGAAGUGUUCACACAUCAUUUUAGACCAUAGCUGAGCCCUACCAUGGUUUAAAGGUGAGCGUGUGGCUGCUUUGCUUCUUCCUCAGUUGUGCUACUGCUGCAACGCUGGGAGCUAAGCCAACCAUGACUUGGUUUCGCUUUACUUCCAGACCUGAGCUUAUGGCUUGUUUCCCCCUUAAUAAAACACAAGUGGCAAGCCAAGAACUGAUAUUGGCAACAACUUGUGGUUUGUUCAGAUACAAACCAUGAACCCUGCUUUGGACAUAGCAUUAAGCCGAACCAUGGCUUAGCUCCCAGCAUGCAGGGGAGGAGCAGGAGAGGAUCAAGGUGGUUGUGAUUUUUUUGCCCUGUGCACCAUCACACCUCAUUUUCCUGAAAACACAGUUAAGCUUAACUCUGGUUUAAAGCAGCCUUUGCCAAUCAACUGCCUCCCCUCCCACAGUAUUUUGGACCACAACUCCCAUCAGCCACUGUUGGUAGGGAAUGAAGGGAGACGAAGGGCCGAGAUUUUCAAUCCCACCUUGUAGACCUAUUGAAGAAUCUCCACACAGUCCUUCUCAGUUGCAGUUCUGUGAAAACUGUCAUUAUCUUCCAUCUUUCUCUCUGGGCUGCAAGUAACAGAAAAUACUGAAGAUUCUGCUCAAGAUCCUGUGCUACUUUCUCUGCAGAAAGAUUGAUUUUACAGCCAAAAAACUAGAAGUUGUUGAAUAUAUAUGUGUGUGUAUAUAUGCAUAUGUAUAUAUAAUGUCUACAUUUUAACGCUUUAAAGUAUUGCAAGUCACUUUGGGCACAUUUUGUGGAGAAAGGGAUUGCUAAACAAAUAAAUAAUGACUGUACAGCAUUCAAGAGCCUGCAGAUAUUACUGUGUUUCUAAAAUGUUAUUCUCUACUUCUAGGCGAAGACAAUAGUUUACAUCGUCCUAAAAUGUAAGCUAGAUAGCCACGUAAAAAUGGAAGUGGAAUUUUCCUCCGAGAGCUGCCAGUCAGUUCGAGUUCUCGCCAGGAUAGAGAAUGAGUACACCGUUUCGGUUUCCGCACCUGGUAGGUUCCAAAAUUGGCAUUGCUUUGCUAAAACACUUCUCUGCCGCAGAAAAUAUUGAACAGAAUUGCACCUUAUCUCAGAGGCAAAUUUAGCAUCAGCUAAGAAAGCUGAAAGUGAAACAAACUAUGUCCUCUUAUGAAGGCUCCGAAAAAGUGAGCACUGGAAGCUAAAACUGUAUACACGAAGCCGCAAAUAGAUAGUUGCUAGAGCGUAGUAGAGCUAAAACAGCCUGAUUAGACCAUGCUUCCUGUUAGCGUGCUGCAUUGCGUCCGAAGUGGGGGCUUGCAAGCCUCAUCAUCAUGGGUUGGUUGACGUCUGAGCUCCAGAUGUGUAGAGGGCUGCCUUCACAGGAAGCAGAAGCUGUCUUGCGCUUCCUCUUUCCCCCACAUUCUGCCAAAUGGCCAGAGCUGCGCUUAAUUUUUGCUGUGUGGUAAUUUUAGAAGCAUAACGGAACUUAAAUUUGUCAUUCAAAAUAGGAAGGGUUAUGUUGUGGAAGCUAAGUUAAUUUUUAUUCAAAUGACAGCCUGGAGAGUACGAAAAUCCUUAAAACAAGUUUCUUCCUAUAUGUAGGGAUUUUUUCUCAUUUUCCUAAGGGCUGAGUAGUGCAGUUAAUUGUGCUUAGGGCUCUGGCAGGGACCCUGUUUAGUUUUCAUGCGUGAAUCUUUUAAGGGAGUUGGUGACUGUAAACUGCAACAGGUUUUGUUGAAACUGCUCAUCAGAGAGGACUGUGGCAGUGCUGAAUCCUUCUUGUGCUUCCCCCUCCGGCCAGCUCCAAUAAAUAAAUAAAUAGCAAGGACUCAGGAUUUCUUCUUGGGCUUUGUUUAGGCCAGGAGUUCUGAGUAAAUACUUCCUGCAUUCUCUGGUUUCAUCACAUGAUCAUGGCUAAAGCAAGUUCAAAGCACUGAUUGUGCUGCUGGGUGAUUCUUGACCUUCCAGUUUUGUUCUCUUCGAUAACUUUAGGUUUACGUCAUCGCUUCCACUGCUGAAGCCUGUAGGUUUCUCUUGACAUGUUAAAUUCUUCCACACAUUCAGAUACAUGUGAAAGAGGCAUAGCAAUAGCAGCUCCGCCACUGGUUUUGGGUGGCAUGGUUGGUACAGUUCAGCUUUCGAGGAAAACAGAGGCCCACCUGUUGACAGGUUGUACUUAGUUUCUUGGCGCAUCCCUAACAGCAACAUUGGCUGUUAGGGAAUGAAUUACCGUAUUUUUUGCUCUAUAGGGCGCACCGGACUAUAGGACGCACCUAGUUUUUAGGGUGGGAAAUAAAGGGGGGGAAUUAUUCCCCCCCCAGCCCCAAAGAGCUCCCAGAGCUUGCGGGGCUGAAGACGGGGGAAGCCCGAGCUUCCCCACCCCCCGAACAGGUCCAGGAGAGGCAGCAAGAUUGCGCACAACCUCGCUGCUGCUCCCGGAGCUUGCGGGGCUGGGGACGGGGGCUUCCCCCGACCCCAGCCCCCAGAACAAGCUAUCCGCAAGCCUUCGGAGCGUGGCGGGAACUCCCGCCGUGCUCGGAAGGCUUGCGGACAAGAGGGUGCUUUGCGCAAGCCUUCUGAGCCCGGCGGGAACUCCCACCACGCUCAGAAGGCUUGCGGAGAACAGGCUGCUAUCCGCAAGCCUUCGGAACCUGGCGGGAACUCUCCGGAGCGCUCCGAAGUGCGUCCUAUAGUGCGAAAAAUACGGUAGUAGCCGAUGUUGCUUUUAGAGAUCCACCAAGAAACCAAGCACUACCUGUCAACAGGUGAGCCUCCGUAGUAUCCCUCGAAAGCUGAACUGUACCAACUGUGUUCAUAGGAAGGCCACGCAGAGCAUUGUUCUUUAUUGAUUCUUCUAGCAUAGUGGGUUUUCUUUUGUACCUUGUCUGUUACUGAUUAAUCUUUGCCUUCUCCCACAGACCUGUCGCCUGGAGCUGUAUGCCUGCGAUUGUUUUCUGGGGAUCUGAUGAUAGCUGAAGCAAGCAUUUGCUAUUACACUGACAUGGAAGAAAUUAGCAACUUACUGUCUACUGCAGCAAAUCCAGUGGAAUUUAUGUGUCAGGUAAAUGUUAAAAAAUGGGGCAAAGGAGCGAGGAAUCAGCGAGGAACCUUGAAAAUAGCUAACUGCAUAUCAGCAUAAUUCUUAUAGUCCUGAGAGACACAAGCUAUGCCUGAUGGGCAUGCUGCUUUGUUUUGUUUUAAAAUCCAGGGUGGCAACAGAAAUGAUUAGUUUGAAAAAGAUCUGUCAAACAACUGCAAUAUACCUUCCAUGUAAAAUUCAGCCAUGGAGGUAUUUAUGAAUUUAAAUGGAAAUGUAGGUUCCUAUUUUAUUUCCUAUUUCAAGAAGGGACAAGGAGCAUGUUUACUACUGUGUGAUGUGGAAACAUAUUUUAGAUGCAGCAGUAGCUAGAAAGAAUUUGCUCCAUGGCACCACUAGUUAAGCAUUCACUUUUUCUGUUUGGGAACAACAGUGGAGGAAGGUGCUUGCAAUAGCAGUGAUGAAAGGAAGGGCUUGCUCAUUGCUGCAGUGAAGCAAAAAAGAGGCUAGGUGCUUAGAUAGUCUCUGUAAUAGUGGGAAAGUUGGAGUCCAGAAACCAACAAAAUCAAUUAUGAGGUCUAGUUCCUCAGCAGGGGUCUAUGGCAGGGGUCGGCAACUUAAGGCCUAUGGGCCCCAAGAGGCCCAUGGGGGUUGUUUAACUGGCCCAUGAUCCCUGCUGCCUGCUCGGUUGGCUCCCGUGCUUGGCGCUAAACUGGCGUGGGGCAGAGCAGGGACCGCUAUCCGUGACGCUGGUCAGCUUCCCAUUGGCUGCAGGAAGCUCCUGCAGCCAAUGGGAAGCUGCGCACGCCACCUCCGCACCGGAAGGAGUGCCGGAAAUAGCAUUUGUGCAUGCCUGCGCAUGCACUCUGGCCCACCGUGGUGUCUGCGGGACUGUGAACCGUCGCAGGCCACAAAAACUUUGCUGACCCCUGGUCUGUGGGAAUGGUGAUGAGGUUACCUGAACACUGUGAAACGGCUGAGUGAUUCUGACAUCAGCUGCUGCUGAAUGGAUGUUAUUCUACAUAUUACGCAAAGUUAGUAGCUUAAGUUUCUAAAUUCAAAGAAAGAAUGGAGCACCCAUAAACCCUGUUACUUCUCAGUUCCAGCGUGAAAUUGGAUAAGAGACCUUGGGAUAUAAAAAGAUUAACCUCAGAAGGUCAGCGGUUCGAAUCCCCGCAAUGGGAUGAGCUUCCGUUGCUCGGUCCCGGCUCCUGCCAACCUAGCAGUUCGAAAGCACACAGUGCAAGUAGAUAAAUAGGUACCGCUCCAGUAGGAAGGUAAACGGCGUUUCCGUGUGCUGCUCUGGUUCUCCAGAAGUGGCUUAGUCAUGCUGGCCACAUGACCUGGAAGCUGUAUGCCGGCUCCCUCGGCCAGUAAAGCGAGAUGAGCGCCGCAACCCCAGAGUCGUCCGCGACUGGACCUAACGGUCAGGGGUCCCUUUACCUUUAUAAUCUCAUUAAAUGUAAGUGUGUGAGAGUGUGCAUAUUAUUAUUGUUGUUGUUGUUGUUGUUGUUGUUAUUGAUUCAAUUUAUAUAUUGCCUUUUAUCCGACGAUCCCAGGUCAGUGAACAACAUUAGAAACAACAUUUACAUAGUGUAAUAAUAAAAGACAAUAAAACCACAUGAAAAAGUCAUAACCAUGCCCCCACUUUUAAAAGGCCAUACACUGUUCAUUUGCCUGGGUAAAGAGGAAUGUUUUUGCCCAGGGUCUAAAGACAUGGGGCCAGGUGAGCCUCUCUGGGGAGAGCAUUCCACAGAUGGGGAACUACCACAGAAAAGGCCUGUUCUCGUGUAGUCACUCUCCAAACCUCUCAAGGAAUGGGGACACAGAGAAAGGCCUCACAUGAUAAGUGCAGGGUUGAUUCCUAUGGGGAGACUCUAGAUCAGCUUUUGCCAGUGCAGUGGCCUCCCAGAAGUAUCAGAGUACAAUUCUGAUCAACUUCAUCCAGCACAGUUGUGGUAAGAACCAUCUGGAAAGCAUCAGUUUGGCAAAGGCAGCUCUAGAUGGACAAUGGUGCAAUCAGUAUUGUGGCACCUUUGCUUAAAUAUCAGGUGUGCCUUUGAAUGUGGGUAAACAGUUCCCCAGAAGGGGGUGACUUCUGUUCUUGAGAUUUACAGGUGAUGGAUGAACUCUUGAUAUAUUAAAACAUACUGUCUGGCUAAAAUAAUCUGAUAUGAACGGGUUCCUUCCUUUCAUUCAGGCAUUUAAAAUAAUCCCUUACAACACAGAAGCACUAGACAAAAUCCUGACAGAGUCAAUGAAAAAGAACCUUCCUGCAAGUGGUUUGCACCUGUUAGGGAUCAACCAGCUAGAGGAAGAAGACGUUGCAUGUAAGUGUGGUGGUGGUUUGAAAGUUAUUGUGUUCUGUGAAAAGGCACAGUACAAUAGAAUGUUGGAAUGAAUCCACGACAGAUGAGUGGCAGGUGUCAUAUGAGAGGUGUCUGCCGGGGCAAACCCCGGGAACUCUCUUUUAUUGAAUAUUACAAACAUUGCCACAGGUGUGCUUGUGGCUGAUUGGUUGAUACAAACACAAAGCAACUUGUUGCUGAUUGGUUAACAUAAGUACAAGGCGGGAAUUACAUAUGAACAUUUAUCACCGAUAGAUUAAAGGCUGGGAAACGGAGCUGGAACUAGACAGGCAUAAAACCUCCUAAUUAAAUUAUAACUAAAGAUUGAUAUAGCAUGACUAAAACAAUUACUAAUGAUUGAUCAUAACAUGAAAGAAUAUAAUAAUCGAGUUCCGUAGAUGUGGUCAGCUGUGCAUUAAGAACAGAUCAUAUUGUUUGUUCAUGAACUUAAAAUGAACUGAGGAAUGAGGGAAUGUCUUGGUGUUUAGAACAGGUUUGAACAGUGUGUGCAGAAGCAGAGAAAAUAUUAUAAGCAAGACUUCCCAGAAUGCAAGAGAAAAGAAGCAAUAGUUCCCAUAGCAAGACUUCCCAUAAUGCCGCAGUUAUGUGCAGAAAGAGAACUUCCCUUUAAUAGAAGGAAUAAAUGCCAGUUUGACGUGUUUGACCAUCCCACACAAUACAAGGUAGUAUAGGAUAGAGGGUUUGGUCAAGCUGUCUUGUUCUCAGCUCAACACAAACAUUUGAGAGUAACACAUCUGCUUCUAGAGACAGGUGUGCUCCGGAAGAGUAAAACAUCAGAAUUUAGCCCCCUAGCUCAUAAGCUGCUGGGUGUGUUUUAAAUCCUGCUCAUCAGUGCCUUCUCUGCAGGGAAUGUUCUGGAUGUUGUUGUUGUUUUAUUAUAUUUAUUUAAAUCCUGCCUUUACACCUGACGUGAACUUAGAUCAGCUUGCAACUAAAAUAAAAAGAGCUAAAAACAGAGAAAAGAAAGCAAUCAUGAAAAAACAAUUAAACACUAAUAGUAUAGAGUCGUAUCUUGGUUCUCGAACGUAAUCCAUUCCGGAAGCCCGUUCAACUUCUGAAAACAUUCUAAAACCAAGGCACGGCUUCUGAUUGGCUGCAGGAGCUUCUUGCACUCCGUUGGAAGCCACAGAAGCCGCGUCGGAAGUUCAGCUUCCAAAAAACGUCCACAAACUGGAACACUCACUUCCGGGUUUGUGGCAUUUAGGAGCCAUAACGUUUGAGUCACAAGGUGUUCGAGAACCAAGGUGCAACUGUUUACACCCACACUCCAUUUCAAUAAAAAUAUCAUAGCACCAACUCUUUCCUUAAAAACAGUCAGUUCCCAAAGGCCUGUUGGAACUACAGUGGUACCUUGGGUUAAGUACUUAAUUCGUUCCGGAGGUCCAUUCUUAACCUGAAACUGUUCUUAACCUGAAGCACCACUUUAGCUAAUGGGGCCUCCUGCUGCCGCCGCGCUACCGGAGCACGAUUUCUUUUCUCAUCCUGAAGCAAAGUUCUUAACCUGAAGCACUAUUUCUGGGUUAGCAGAGUGUGUAACCUGAAGCGUAUGUAACCUGAAGCGUAUGUAACCCGAGGUACCACUGUAGAAAGCUUUCACUAGGGUGGAGGGGCAACAAGGAGGGAACCAAUCUUAUUUCUCUAUGGAGGGAGUUCCAAAGUCUGAGAGCAGCCAGUGAGGAGGCAGAUCCCCACCUCCACUCCUACAGGUCAGCUGAGGUGAACAGGACCACCCUCCUGUCAAUCACCUGAUGUCACCUUGAUGUUAGAUGAUGAACAGGUGGGUGCCCCACUCACCUGUGAAAGUUGGCCCAUGGGGUGACUGUAUAUCAUGAUCUGGGCUGCUGGUCCAAAAGGUCCAAGGUUCUAAUGCACCUUGCAAUUAGGGUAGAAAAAAUAAAAGCUUCUUUCACCUGGGAAGGAAACUUCUGAGAAAUCGGAGGUUUGGGCACGACACUAGCUCCGAGACAGCAUAACGACUGAGAACUGCUGAAUUUAUCAUCCGUGAGUAAAACUAAAAAAAGUAACUCGUCUUGCAUGCCUGUUUUCUUCUUUCUUUUCAGGCCAGAGGGAUGAAGAGCUGCCAACUCUGCUGCACUUUUCUGCUAAAUACGGUCUGAAGAACCUCACUGCCCUCUUGCUUUCAUGCCCAGGAGCCCUACAGGCUUACAGUGUUGCCAACAAAUAUGGUCACUAUCCCAACAACAUUGCAGAGAAUGAGGGCUUCAAAGAUCUGCGCCAGUUCAUUGAUGAAUAUGUGGUAAGAGGGGCUGUCGCCCUUCCAUUCCCUGUUGUCAGGAUGGUGGAAAGGGGGUACAUCAGUACGGGGACUCCUGAAUCUUCACACUGCUGAGGGUGGUGUCUCACAUAGAAACUGCACUGCAGGGGCAAGAAUUCAAUUGCUGCAGUUUUAUUCCUUCAGAAAGUGAUACUAGUAUUUGAAUGUGUGUCCCCUUCCUCAAUUCUCCAGAAGCUGAAGAUGCAUUUUACUUAAAGUUCUCUAGCUCACAUGUAUGAUUCUUUUCUGACAGCAAAAUAAUAACCUGAAUGAGAAAACUCCCAACACCCCCUUCUACGAAUUACUCUAGAACAGUGUUACCCAAACUGGGUCCUGAGCUGUUUUUUUGGGCUACAACUCCCAUCAUCUCUAGCUAGCAACACCAGUGGUCAGGGAUGAUGGGAAUUGUAGUCCAAAAGCAGCUGGAGACCCAAGUGUGGGAAACACUGCUCUAGAAUCUAGAGCAGGCAUAGGCAAACUCGGCCCUCCAGAUGUUUUGGGACUACAACUCCCAUCAUCCCUUAUCACUGGUCCUGUUAGCUAGUGUCAGGGAACUGACAUCGGAGCCAGAGGCGGAGGCAAGGCUCCCAAGCGAUGCUGGAGAAGGGCCCAGCAGGGAGAGAGGCAGCUCAUCAGCUGGGGAAGGAAAUCAGCAUAACACCAGGGAUAAAGGGGGGCAGAUGGGGGAAUCGGCGAGGGCUCCAGGACUCCUCGCCGGAGACCAGCGGGAGAGCACGGGUCCUCCGCUACCCACACCUCCCUGCGCAGAAGACUUCCGCGCAGGGAGAGUAGGAGGAGACUUGGGGUCAAACAGCUUUUAUGCUGGAAAGGUUUAAGAAACGCCCACUGACGGAUUCUGCUAGCGACUGAACAGCCACGAAGUGAAGGGCUGUCCAGACAGAAAAGGUUUAACCAGGCAACCUAGCCAGGAGUGGCAGCAACUUACGCACGAGCAACCCCUAUAAUUAUUACAGCUAGGGGUGAUGGGAGUUGUAGUCCCAAAACAUCUGGAGGGCCGAGUUUGCCUAUGCCUGAUCUAGAGUAAUUGAUAGGGUAGGUGAUACUUGUGAAAUUAAGGCCUGGCGAUAUUGGCAUACUUCAGUGUUUGUAGGAGGAAAAAUAACACCUGUGAACAAAGUUGAACAGAUCUUCAAGUAGAUAGAAAAAGCACCGCAGAAGCAGUGUGGAUUUGGGAGACAGGCAGGUUGGUGUGUCUGUGGAUCAGUGGCAGAGGUGAAAGGUAACGGCACCUUUUUGCUCUGCUUUUCUGGAAUUUUCUGGGAGACAGGAAUGCUUUAAAGAUUUAAUGUAUGGCUUAGGCCUUUGCAUGAGAUCCACCCUCUUCUCUGAAUGUCAUUCUCUGCAUAGACAUGAUAGUUCCUGAUUUAGCAUCACUUGUGACAUCACUUUCCUUUUCCACAUAUAAUGGGCAGUGAGGAACCUAAUGUGGGGAAAAGAGCUAUCCUCUGGGGAGGGGUUGCAGUUUUUAUGGAAUCGGGGCAAAUGUGCACACCAACCCUAGAGGGUGGAAAGUGCAGAAAGCUAAAUGCAAUAAAAUAAUGAUUUAACACCACCCUGCUGUUUCAUGAAGUUUAGAGGUGCGUGACUGCAAAGGAAAGGGGUAAAUUUGCUUGUAUGUGUUUCAAAAAGUGGCUAGCUUAUGGUUGUGUAGGGGCUCUGCCUUUAAACGUUUAAAAGAGUUAGCGAAAUGUUGUUGGCGUCAGCUAGUGAACAAAAUGCAGUAAGAUUAGACUGCUCCCCUGUAUGGUGGUCUUUCUGCUCAUUCUGCUGGCUUCCACCCCAAAGUUCUGCCCUGCCAUGAACGCUCCACUGCAUAUAAAGACUCAGGUGUAGUAGGAGGGGUCAUGUUUCGGAUUGAUUACAUGGGCAUGCUCUUAGAUUGAUUCAAUGGCAUUCACCACCACCACCACUGCCUCUGUGGGUCUGUUGAUUUUCUUUCUUCACCUUCUAGGAGACAGCAGACUUGCUGAAAAGCCACAUAAAGGAACAGCUGAUGCAGGGUGAGGAAGAUGAUUCUGUUUAUGAGUCCAUGGCUCACCUUUCCAGUGACCUGCUGAUGAAAUGCUCUCUGAACCCUGGCUGUGAUGAGGAGCUCUACGAAUCCAUGGCUGGCUUGGUUCCUGGUGCUACUACAGAGGACUUGUGUAUGUAUAGUCUUCCUCUUUUAAAUCGAACUUGGACUCCUUAUCCAUUAAGCUAAAUUAAGAUAUUAAAGGGCAGACUAAAGAGUCUGUCAUGGCUGCCACCAUGUAUUGCUGUAAGUAGAAUAAAACGUCUCCUUCCUCCUAGCUCUGUGCCUGAUCAAGAUCUAGACAAAGCAUUUUAUCAGAACAAGUUAAUAGUUGUUUACUGUUGUAACAAUUGUUUUCUCAAAAUGUAUCUUCUGUACCAUGAAAAAUACCUUGAAAGCAUUAUCCAAAAAAGCAAAGAAACAAAAAAGAUCUGAACAAAGCCAGUGUCAAUUAACAGCUUCUCUUGGACUGGUAAAUUACUCAGAUUGAAAGGAAGUGCAUUGCAAAGAUCAGUAAAUAAACUGGGUCUGGCUGUACCUAACAUGGCAGGUAUCACGCAGAGGAGCUGAAACACAGAAUGUUCUAACCUUGUUUCAAGUCCAAAUGCACACAACAUUGGAAAUUAGAACAAAGAAUUUUCAGAUCGUGGCCUCUGGAUGAAUUUGUUUGGUAGGUAUGAGGAAAUGACUCACCUUACCAUUGGAUUAUUUAUUUAUUUGCAUUACUCAGAGUGGCUUGCAGCAGUCAAAGUACUACAUUCCAGGAUAAAACAGCAAUAUCAAGACAGGCUCAGCACAUUUUCACCAGAAAUGGCAAGGGAGUGGGCCAGAUAAAUCUAGCAGGGCAAGGUUUUCUACAGUCUGGGUGCAGCCAUCAAGGAAGUCCUUCCUAUCAUCCCAGCCAACUGCACCUCCAUCCUUGGUGGGACACAGAGAAGGGCUUUUUCUGCCAGCUCUUAGGGAAUGGGCAAGCUGAAACAGGGUGAAAUACCCUGGACCCAGGCCAUUUAGGGCUUCAGAGGUUAUCACCGACACUUUUAACUGUGCUUGGAAACAGACUGGUAAUCAAUGCAGCUGUUGCAAUGAUGAGUGUAAUAUGGUGGUCCCAUGGGCAAUUUUUUUACCUAUUUAAUAAUAAUAAUAAUAAUAAUAAUAAUAAUAAUAAUAAUAAUUUAUACCCCGUCCUCCCCAGCCAAGGCCGGGCUCAGGGCGGCUAUAAGCAAUAAUAAAAACAAGUUGAAUGAAUACAACUUAAAAACAAAAUUAAAAUUCAACAUUAAAAUAUUAAAAUGCAGCCUCAUCACAGGAGGAGAAAGGAAAAAGAAAGAAGAAAGAGGGGGAGGGAAUCAAAUUGGCUCCAAGCCAAAGGCCAGGCAGAACAACUCUGUCUUACAGGCCCUGCAGAAAGAAAUCAGAUCCCGCAGGGCCCUGGUCUCAUGAGGCAGAGCGUUCCACCAGGCCGGAGCCAGUGUUGAAAAGGCCCUGGCUCUGGUUGAAGCUAAUCUAACUUCCUUAGGGCCCGGGACCACUAGGGUGUUGCUAUUUAUGGACCUUGAGGCUCUCCGUGGGGCAUACCAGGAGAGGCGGUCCCGUAGGUACGAGGGUCCUAGGCCUAUAUUAAUUAAAUUUAUAUCCCUCGAGAGUGGACAGUGCUGACUAAGACUCUUGCUACCACAUCCUGGACCAAUGGGAGUGUCAAAAGACUCUUCACAAGUAGCCCCAUGCAGAGCACAUUGCAAUAAUAAUCCAAUCUGGAUCUGGGUGUCACUAGGGCAUGUGCUAUCAUAGCCAGACCUGACUUUUCAGCAAUAUGCACAGCUCAGCAGCCUAAGCUGUGCACAGCCACUAUCACAGCAUCCUGAUGCAACACUGAAUGCAGGAAAACCCUCAUACUGCAAACCUGGCUUUUCCCCAAAUGGAAGUACUACCCCAUCCAAAACAAAAGCAAGAGCUACGGUGCCACUACAGGAACUCCCCAUGCAAGUGGGUUCGUUCACAUGGGUGGUGGUGGAGUCAGUUUCACCCAUUUCAGCCUUAAAUUGCAGUGCCGUGGAGCCUUUUGAGCAGCUUUCCCCUUUCAGCAACUGUCAAUGGAAGUCAUGUCUCAGUUGUUCUUAGAUGCUGACAAGAGAAGCUUUUCAAAGAACCCAGUGGAUUAUGUUUGUCCGUUGUUGUUUUCAGACGUAGAAAUGCUUCAGUCGGAGACUAGCAGCUCCUCUGCACGGACAACAAAGGCCUAUAUGAUGCGCAAGUUCUUAGAAGGUGAGCAUAUGCAGAGAGGAAGGCUCAAAGUUAAGAUCCCCAUAUGAAGAGAUCUGGAGGAUAGCAAUAUGAGAGAGAGCCUUUUCUGCAGUAGCUCCCAGUUUGUGGAAGGCUCUCCCCAGGAAGGCUGGUGUAGUGGUUAAGAGCGGUAGUCUCGUAAUCUGGUGAACCGGGUUCGUUUCCCCGCUCCUCCACAUGCAGCUGCUGGGUGACCUUGGGCCAGUCACACUUCUUUGAAGUCUCUCAGCCCCACUCACCUCACAGAGUGUUUGUUGUGGGGGAGGAGGGGAAAGGAGGAUGUUAGCCGCUUUGAGACUCCUUAGGGUAGUGAUAAAGCGGGAUAUCAAAUCCAAACUCUUCUUCUUCUUCUGCAUGUCUUUAGGUGCCAGGCGAGAACAAUUCUCUUCAACCAGGCCUUUUGCUGAUUAGCAUUCUAUGGCCUUUUAAAUAUGUUUGUGGGAGGGGGUUAUUGUUUUGUUUUGUUUUCAUUUUAUUAUGUAUUUUGUAUUCAUAUUUUGUAUUUUUAUGUUGUGAACCGCCCUGGGAUCUUCAGAUGAAGGAGGAUAUACAAAUUUUAUUAACAACAACAAAUCUUAUCGCUAACUGCAAGCUGUAGCCAAGGCUUGUUCUUCGUCAAAGCUCAUCAUCCGCGUAGAGACAGCUUACCCACGAACCUGGGUUCAAAUGACACGCUAAGGCAAUCCUUGGCUUUUGUUCAGAGUGGUGCAGGGGUAAAUAUGUUCAAAUACAGCGGGUCCAAUAUUAGAGAUUCCCUCAAUGACUCUAUAGCCAACAAAACAAGAAUAUUCAGACUAACAUAAGAUAUAUAAAAGCUCUCUCCACCCCACACUCUACAAGUUAUGUAAAACUUAAAUGCACACAGUUGCUUCACUCUGCAUGAGUUUCCCCCUUUCUAAUUAUGAGUUUGUUUUCUAGGUGUGAGCAUGGAUGUACCAGAACCGAAAGAGGAUAUAUACCAUGAUUGUGAAGAUGAAGAACUCUAUCACACGGUGGAACAGGACAGUUUUCCUCAGGAAUUGGUCAAUAGGCCACCUGUCCCUGUUCCGAGACCUGAUCCCUCCACUAAACCACAGGACAAAGAAUCAUACAUCUAUAAAGGUGACUGAGGAAGCAGAAUUAUCUCAACAUUGUUUUGCAAAAGCCUGUAGCGAGGGAAUGAGGGACCUCUGGUCCCCCAUAUGUUGUUGGACGUCAGCUCCCAUCAUCCCAAGUCAGUGGUCAUCCAUGAUGGGAGUUGCAGAGCAACGUCAAGAGGACCACAGAUUCUCCAUCUUUGCUGUAGGCUGUACAGCCUAGGAAGGGACAGAGGUGGCGCUGUGGUCUAAACCACAGAGCCUAGGGCUUGCUGAUCAGAAGGCCAGCGGAUCGAAUCCCCACGACGGACUGAGCUCCCGUUGCUCGGUCCCAGCUCCUGCCACCUAGCAGUUGGAAAGCACAUCAAAGUGCUGGCGGGAAGGUAAACGGUGUUUCCGUGCACUGCUCUGGUUCACCAGAAGCAGCUUAGUCAUGCUGGCCACAUGACCCGGAAGCUGUCUGCGGACAAACGCCGGCUCCCUCGGCCUAUAGAGCGAGAUGAGCACCGCAACCCCAGAGUUGUCUGCGACUGGACCUAAUGGUCAGGGGUACCUUUACCUUUACCUUUUAUACAGCCUAGGAUAGGAAAACUCACAGCUUGUAUGCUUAUAGUUGAGUUCAAAGAAUUAUGCUUCUCAUUUUUUAAAAGAGGUUUUGUCUAGUCUUCCGGGUCCCAACAACAUAUUUGCCAAAUACCAAAGGAAUGAAAAUAAAAGGGAAACAGAAGUGAGCUCCCAUUAUUUCGGCCUGUCCAGGCAACUAACAGCCAACAUACGACCGCCUCCAGGAACGUUCAAGGCCACAGUUAGGUUCAUUCCUGGGAGGAACUCGUGGAGAGAACAAACCUGUUUAUAUGAUCCAGAACCUCCUUGUGUCAGGGACCAAGCGUGAGAGGAAUGAGGACACUUUGCUGGGGCCUGAGAGGGUGACCCAGUCUGCAACAUGCCCAUUCUUGCGGAUUGAAAAAAAAUGAGGCGAACCUGGUUGUGCGAACCUAGUUCCUUUUUAUCUGUUUGAGAUUUCCAGAUCUUGUCUUGUGAGAUUUGCCAGAGCCAGUAGAAGUAGUGUUUGAACAGCAGAAACAGCAUUUGAAGUGCUGAUCUAGGCUCUCCUCUAGAAUAUUUCAGCAAUUCCCGUACAUGCUCUUUUGGGGGUCCUACAUGCCCAUCCGGAGGGAAUUUUGCAAUCUAAAGCAAAUGUCCUGGAUUGGGGGGGGGGUUAUAUAAAACAAAUUGUGUGCAGGUGUUUCUGGUUCAGGCUUGGUGGCGGUGGAGGAGGGGCUAUCGGACGAUUGCCCUAAAAAGAAUGCUCAAAAACUUUUUGUGUCUGGAUUUUCGCCUCUUGAAAUAUGGCAACCCUACUCUAGAACCAUCUUCUCAUUGCCUCGCUAGGUGAUUUCUGUGUUCUCAUUGGAGAAGCCAUUCAUUCAGUUAUUCAGAAUAUGUAAAUCCUGUUUUACAGAUUAUUAUUUUUAAUUCUAAAAAGUAAAUGAAAAUCAAACACAAAUUAAAUUUUGAAAUGUUCCCUGGGCAGAAAUCAGAACUCCCCAUAGAAAUGCAAGAUGCCACCAUAGCAGCGUUUGGACGCCACCCUAAAAUGGGAAUAAAGCAGCAAUGGCAGGAAUUAUGUUUCUUUCUAAUAUGGCCUUAUUUCAUGUGAAACCUUUGAUUAUUAUUUUUAAAUCAGCUUCUAGAAUUUUCAAAUUGCAAAUCACAAUGCUGGAACAUCCCAUCCCAUUCCUUUUCCUUUAAACAUAGCAGUCUUCAGUAUGUUCUGUCAUUCAGAUUUUCAUAGACUGCAAUAGUAUUCUUUAUUAAGUCAGUGUUGGCAACACAUGGCAACGUUGAUGAGCAUAGCAUCUGUCUUACUGUGUUGUCUAUAGACCAAUGGAAGUUGGCUGGCUGAUUCCCACACUGAUCUACAGAUCAGCUAACUCAAGAGUUUCGGGUUUGUUCGUUGUUGUUUUUGCUUAGAAUGGGAUUUCUCCUAAUAGUUGCAUUGACUGAAGUUUGGUCUGGAUCUGCCGAAUUGUCUCAUGCCUUAAAUAGCUUGUCACUGUUUAGUUUUUGCAGGAAAGCACCAGGAGAAACCUGGGAACCUCUACGUGUCUACAGGCAAUAUUAGGAAAGGUAAGUUGGAGUUAUAGCGACUCUUCCCAUUGCCUGACAGGCUAAUUCUUGGGUAUGAUUUCCAUUCAUGGUUAAUAUCAUUUACCAUAUUAAGUGUAGAUGAGCUGUGCAAAUUGCUGUAGUGGAAUAAGUAAGAGAAGUGAGUGGGCUGGCAGUAGCAAAAGCAUUUGGAUUAGAAAAGCAAUUGUCAGGGAACUGACAUCGGAGCUAGAGGCGGAGGGAAGGCUCUCAAAUGAUGCUGGAGAAGGGCCCAGCAGGGAGAGAGGCAGCUCAGCAGAUGGGGAAGCAAAUCAGCGCAACACCAGGGAUAAAGGGGGGCAGAUGGGGGAAUCGGCGAGAGGGCUCCAGGACUCUUCACCGGAGACCAGCGGGGAGAGCACGGGUCCUCCGCUCCCCACGCCCUCCCUGUGUAGAAGACUUCCGCGCAGGGAGAGUAGGAGGAGACUUGGCGUCAAACAACUUUUAUGUUGGAAAAGGUUUAAGAAAUGCCCACUGACGGAUUCUGCUAGCGACUGAGGCAGCCACGAAGUGAAGGGCUGUCCGGACAGAAAGGUUUAACAAGGCAACAUAGCCAGGAGAGGCGGCAACUUACGCAUGAGCAACCCAUACUCAUUACAGCAAUGAUGUGCUCUAGGGUGUUCCCUUAAAAUAUACUUUUGGAAGCAGAAGUUUUCAACCUUUUUGAGUCCACGGCUCACUUGACCAACAACAUUCUUUGUGCGGCUCCCCUGUGGGGGAACACACCCCGAGCCUCACAGGCCCAGUUAUGUCACCCCUUGCCUGCAGAGCCAGCAGCCCCUCAGCCCUUUUCAAACACCGUCCCUGAACUGAACCACAUGACACAUCUAGCAGUGUUUUGCUUUUUUAAAAAAUGACAUUUUCCUUUUUUUGAAAAGUUUUUAUUGUUUUAUAAGUUUCAUUGUUUUAUAAGUUUUAUAAUUCAGCAUUAAUACACACAUAUUGCGAAUAUACAAGCAUACAAACAUACAUUUCAUACAAUCCUUAAAAAUAUUCAAACAUAACUACACUCAGUCCCACAGAUAAUUCCUUUUCCCAUCACCAUCCACCACUCCUCACCCCACCUUUGUGUUAGACUUCCAAUCUACUCAGUUGCAAUUUCUUUCCAUUUCUAUUACUUUCUUUCACACACCUUUAACCUAAUUUCAUGCUUCUUUUUCUAUUACACAUUGUUACCCACCUUAUUUAGUAUUUCAGUAUUUAAAACGGAACUUGUUUAUUCUAACAGGGGUUCUGAUGAUAUUUUCCAAGCGUUUCCUUUGUUUCCAUUCCAGAGCAAGCAGACAGAGAUCCAAAGGCUCAGCCACAAACCAGUAUAUAUGACCCGUUUGCUGGGAUGAAAACCCCAGGCCAAAGGCAACUCAUCACUUUACAGGAGCAAGUGAAACUGGGGAUGCUCACUGUAGAUGAAGCUGUCCUUUGUUUCAAGGAGUGGCAGUUGAAUCAGAAAAAGCGGUCGGAAUCAUUUCGCUUUCAGCAGGUGUGUAAGCCAAAAAGUGCUUUUCACUGGGAAAUAUAAAAAGCAACAGCAUUACUGAGUCUACCCUACCACAUACCACACAUAAUUCUUUCUUUGUCUUCCUGUUGUCAUUGCUGGGAAAGGUAAAAAGCUGCUGUUUUCUGUGCCUUUCCAUAAGUUGGCAUAGUGGAAUUCAGAAUGCAGAGCCAAGUGGGCUGUGGUUUCAGAUUGUAGGAGCUGGAAGCUAGUAGUCCCAAAUGUGUCUUUAACAAAAAGGACAAUGAGGACAAUCUCUAGGGAUGGACGGAGCCUCUCUACCUCAGAAACGAUCUUGAGUUUUGCAAGCUUUCCUCACAAGAACCUGAGGGGAUUUGCAAGGAAUCCUGGCAGAGUCCAGUUAGUAGAUUUCCCCUCCCUGUCUCUCCCCUGUCAAAUGGAUGACAGCUCUUCACAGCUGAGGGCUUCUGCUCUGCUGCUCCAUUUGCAAAUGUGGUAUUUGGGGCAGGAGCCCCAAUUAAACUCACGGCAAGCUCAAAGAGAACAUUGUCCAACUUGCAUUAGAGCUAACUAAUCUGCGAGGAGGGAGCCUGCAUUUCAAGCCCUUGAAAAUGUCACCAUCCCUAACCAUCCCAAACAUCUCCCUUGUACAAACAAGCCCAUAGUACCCAGCUGUACUGUAGCCUUGUCUUUGAAGCCACACUGAUGGGUGGUCUUGUUUUAAAAAAUAUGCAAGUAGCUACAGGCUAAGAGAGAAGCCAGAUGUUGUGCCCAUACUGGAGUCUUUGCUAAUAAUCAGAAACGGUUGGAAAGAGAGACUGUUUGGAGUAUGUAACACAAUCUUGGUUAACCACACCAAAUUGCUGCAAAACUCAUUUUGCUAUUGAUUUCGGGUCAAACUUCAUCAGCUACACAAGUAUUUCCUGCGUUCCCUUCUGAAAUACCUUCAGCACCUAUGGAGUCAUAGCUAGGAGGACUCACAAAAAAGUGCACGGACAGGGAUCAUUUUAUAAGAUCAGAACAACAUGGACUGGAAGCUAUGGAGAAUUGCUGAUAAUUAGUUAAAUCUUGCUUCAUGAUCACUAGAAUUUCUUUCCUAAAAUCUUACACGGUGAGGCCCACGUAUUAGUAGAAGAAAUGGGAUUAUCUACCUCGGAUUCAGUUAGAUCUUUCCAGUUUUGCAAACCAUUAUGAAUAGUUGUGCAUGUUUGUUCAGAUCCUUGAAAAUAACGUUUUGCGUUUCCAGGAAAACCUGAAAAGAUUACGCGACAGCAUCACUCGGCGGCAAAUUGAGAAGCAAAAGGCUGGCAAACAUGCAGGUAAAGGGCUUGACUAAUUGGUGACCACGCUGAAAACUGCAGCAGUUGGACGUCUCCCACUCCUGGUCUGUAGCCAAGUGUGGUGGAGCUAAAGGGUUGUACGCAACAUUUUGCUAAGUACUACUUUGCAUGAGCAGAACAACUUCCUCUUGCACAGCAGGGCAUUUUCCCCCCCUCUCCUCCCCCUGUGCUCUGCCUAAAUCUCUUAGGGGUUUUUCCCAACCCUCCACAGCAGAUUUGGGGACAUUAUGGAGCAUGCACAAGGGCAGGGGGAAGUCGCAAUGCAAAAGCAGAAGUAGUUCCACUUGUGCAUUUAUUUAGUUAGCCCAUGGUACACUCUGCUGUAAUGGUUUUCCAGUUGGUUUUCUAACCUCUUUUGACUUUGAUCUGACUGUGAGGCUUUUGAGGCAAAAACAAAACAGGCCCCAGCAAUCUGAAGAGCCUCAAAUGUGGGAGCAAACUUGAAACCAUCACUGGUAGAUGGGUGUUCUCUCAAUAACUCAUUUUUUGUUAAUUUAGUACAAUCUUUACAUUUCAGAAGGCUAAACAACUCCCAUAAAUUCUAAGUAGAUGUAUACAUUUUUGUGAAAGUCCUGGGAUGCAAACAAGAUUGUGGAUAAAAAGAGUAUGAUAAAGACUCGAGGCAAAACAACGUUUCUUCUGUGGUUACUGUCAUUUGACACACAGAGGGCAGGAAUAUCUCAGGCUGUAUGUGCACAAGCAUACCAAGACUGCCCAAAUAGCAACUGGUUAACAUUAUGUUCUUUUCACUGGCGUUGUAGCUCGUCAAAUGCCAUCAUUUAUGAUAGCAAGACACUGGUGGAAAAUGUAUGGUUUGGACUGGUGCAGCGGUGGCUAUUGUAACUACAGGGAUGUGCCUACUAGAUGCCAAUUUUGCCUGUUGUAUUACUGAAGGGGACGUGGGUGGCGCUGUGGUCUAAACCACUGAGCCUCUUGGGCUUGCUGAUCAGAAGGUCCAUAGUUUGAAUCUUCGCAACGGGGUGAGCUCCCGUUGCUUUGUCCCAGCUUCUGCCAACCUAGCAGUUCAAAAGCACUCCAGUGCAAGUAGAUAAAUAGGUACCACUGCAGUGGGAAGGUAAACGGCGUUUCCGUGCACUCUGGCUUCCGUCACGGUGUUCUGUUGUGCCAGAAGCGGUUUAAGUCAUGCUGGCCGCAUGACCUGGAAAUGCUGGCUCCUUCGGCCUGAAGCAAGAUGAGCGCCGCAACCCCAUAGUUGCCUUUGACUGGACUUAACCAUCCAGGGAUCCUUUACUUGCACAGCAUCAGUGAGGGCGGAGAAGAGACAUCAGUGGAAAAUCCAAGCAGCCCUAUGCACAGAUUUCCAAAGUGCAGGAGGAAUUACCUUGUUUGGGGCAGAAUCAGAAUUUUAGCUGCGGAUGCCAAGGAAGGUACUAGAUGAGCAACAAGGCAUAACUUCCAGUUUGAAAAAGUUUUGCCCACUGCCAAAGGGACAAAGCUGAAGUGUAAUUUUUGAAUAAAUGUGUUUUAAUAAUGAGCUCCCGUUGCUCGGUCCCUGCUCCUGCCAACCUAGCAGUUCGAAAGCACCUCAAAGUGCAAGUAGAUAAAUAGGUGCUGCUCCGGCGGGAAGGUAAACGGCGUUUCUGUGCGCUGCUCUGGUUCACCAGAAGCAUCUUAGUCACGCUGGCCACCUGACCCGGAAGCUGUACGCUGGCUCCCUCGGCCAAUAAAUCGAGAUGAGCGCCGCAACCCCAGAGUCGGUCCUAAUGGUCCUAAUGGUCAGGGGUCCCUUUACAUUUACCUUAAUAGUAAUAAUAAGUUGCCUUGCCUUGACUCCUGACUUUUUCUUCCUAGAUUUGGAAAUCACUGUCCCUGUUGGCCAUUCUCAAAACAUCCCCAAGAAACCAGAGUGUAGCAUUUAUGAAGCUCAUCCUCGGAAAAACCUCUACCAACCAAUUAAAGAAAUCAGGCGAGGGGACUGGAAAACAGAAAGCGCCUCAAGUACUACUAGUAAGUAAACAGCCAGGAAGCCAUCUAGGGAGAGAUGAGGAUGCUUUGGAUUUCUAGUCAUUAAGGAUGGAGCACUUAGCAGUUGUUGCUUUCUCAGCCAAUGCUCUGUAUUACCCUCACUGAACUUACUGCUCAGUCUGUUUAUACACUUUAUGAAAGUUUCCUGUGCAAAAAUUCACUUAUCCAAACAUGAGGAAUUAGUACCCAAACCUCGCUAUACACACUGCAGAUUCAGAUAACCAAACAUAAAACAUGUUUUACUUCCUUGUUUUCCUUUUGCUGAUUGGCAAAAGUUUGAGUUUCAUCAUGCUGCAGUUUCAUCCAAUAGCAAUAAUUUAAUUUACUGGUGCAGAAUUCCACACCUCCUUGACUCUGUUCCAAGGGGAGUGGGAAAAACCUUCCCUCUUCGAUCCAUUUACCUGUAAGAUAAAAUGUAUAAAGCCUGUUUCUCAGUACAUGCAAUUCUCUAAGCACUGUACACAUAUUGAAAGAUAAUUCAGUCCCUGCCUAAAGGUUCACAAUCUAACAGACACAUGACGCAAAAUGAAAAAGAAACCGAGAGGUAAGAGUAAAUAACUUCAUACAGAGCUCUUCCCUAAUUCAGAAAUUAUAGGAAUAAGCGGAAUGGUGGUUUCAGGGCCAGGGGAAAGGAUUGGAAGGUGGUUCCUCACAAGAAAACAUGAAUGUGUGGACACUUUAUGAAAUGCUUGAAAACCUCUAGCUGGGCUUGUUUCCUCAUCUAACCAGGUAGCUCAAGCAACCGAUCCAGUACACGAAGUAUACUGAGCGCCAGCAGUGGGAUGGAUGGAGACAACGAGGUAACACUUCUCACUGGAAAUUUUCUCUCUUAACAAACUUGCACAACUGCUCUGGCCUGAUCCCUCACUAAAGCUACAGAAAUGCAUGUUUCAGUGUACAAACAGUAGCCUCUUGACUGUGGGCUUAGAAUACAUGGCAAACAGGCCGCAUAGAGCAGUGAUGAGGCGUUGGGACUACAACUCCCAUCAUCCUUGCCCAUUGGGCAAUCUGGCUGGGGCUGAUAGGAGUUGGAGCCCAACAACCGUACUGCAGGGCCACAGGUCCCCCAACCCUGGCAUAGAAUUUGAUAAAGGAGUAGCGGGAAGAGUUAAUUUGAGGCACCAAGCCGGGAUUGUUGAUGCUGUGGUGACACUGGAAGGUUUCGCUGAGGGGAACUGAGAAAGAAAAAGACCGCUUUGGCAGAAUAGCACUCUUGUCUCCCAGGAACAAUAUUAUGGGAAAUGGGAUCUGGUGCCAGCAGAUCCACAUGAGACGGACCAGGGUGUGGGGCCGUGAUACUCCCUACCCUGCCUAAAAUAAUACACUGUUCCUAAUGCCAGGAGCUCUGGGGCUGCAAAGGUGAAGAGAAACCCACUCUGGCCUUUGCCAUCAACCGGAGGACUAAGGGCCACAGGGUUCCCCUUGCCCCCGUUUCUUCUGUUUUAGAUUACCGUGCUAUUGCUUUGCAUAUCCAUAGGCAGUAUAUAAAACUUCAAAAUCAAUGAACUAGUUAGAUGACGAGGUAGUUCCAAAGUACUUAAUUAUAGAGCCGUAGUCUGACUUGGUUUAAGGCAGCGUUCUGUGUUGUGUAGCACACUGAUUCAUUCAUAGAAGAAGGCCUGAAGGCAGAUCUAGCAUAGUCCUAGGCAAUGCAAACAUGUAUGUGUAUUAUUAUUAUUAUUAUUAUUAUUAUUAUUAUUAUUAUUAUUAUGCCACCCAUCUGACUGGGUUUCCCCAGCUACUCUGGAGCUGCUUCCAACAAAUUAAAACACAGUAAGACAUCAAACAUUUAAAACUUCCCUAAACAGGGCUGCCUUCAGAUGUCUUCUAAAAGUCAGAUAGUUAUUUAUCUCCUUGGCGUCUGAUGGGAGGCCAUUCCUCAGGGCAGGUGCAACUACCGAGAAGGCCCUCUGCUUGGUUCCUGGUAACCUCACUUCUUGCAGUGUGGGAACUGCUGGAAGGCCCUUGGAGCUGGAUCUCAGUGUCUGGCUGAAUGAUGAGGGUGGAGACGCUCUUUCAGGUAUACAGGGCCAAAGCCUUUUAGGUCAGAACCAACACUUUGAAUUGUGCUUGGGGGAAAACACACACAAACACACAAAUGUGGCUGUGUAUUUUCCAAGGAAAUGCUGCGGGGAAAGCUUACUUUCACGUCUUUAUGUAGGAUAAUGAAAUACCAGAAGUAAAGAGAAAUUUCAACCCCGGGACCCAGCCGCCAGACAGACCGUCUGCAAGACCUCCAAGGAUACCCCCUCGAGUUGCUAGCAGGUUGUUGUUGCUGUUAUUAAUAUCAUCAUGAUUGUUACCUUUCUACUGCCAACUAUCUCAAGAACAGUUUUGACAGGUCUCUGCCCCAAAGGGCUUACAGUCUAAAAUAGAAACGGGGGGGGGGGGGGAGAUGAAAUGCGAUGGUGGCAGAUAUAAACAAGAGACUAUGCAAUUAUUAUCUUGUUCCAGUUACAGCUGCUUAGGCUUAAUACAGACGGAGGUAUGGUAAGGAAUAGGAACUAGGAGGUCCUACCAGAGGCUUUGCGGGAAAGAUGGUUUUUGAGGAAAGAUUUGAAGGAAGUAGGAGGGAUAAUCAUACAAAGGUGUUAUGGGAGGGAGUUCUAGGCGUAAGUGACAGCAAGGGCAGAGUUUCUUUCAAGGAGCAGGAAACCACCAGAUGUCUGAGGUGGUAUAGAUCACAGCAAAGAUCACAGGAAGGCAUGUGGAGAAGUAAGUGGUGCAAGGUCAUAGGGGUUUUUGAUGUUAAGGAGGACAAUGAAGUCCUGCUGGAUCCAGGAGCAGACAGGAAGCUAUUGGAGGGAUGUUUACACAAAACACAGCCCCCCCCCGCUUUUUCUUUUGCCAAUUUAGAGCCUAUCAAAACUUCGGGGAAAUAAAGCAACCAUUCGACUUUUGUAAAAGGCUCGUGGAAGCCAGUUGUUUUGCCAUUUCCAUAUCGUCAGUAAAAAUAUUUAGCGUGCUGAUUAUAAAUAGCGUGCAGAUAUAAAAAGAGUUGGAAGUCAUAAAUAGCUGCUGUAAGGUGAUCUCCUUCAGUAUUUCUUUCACUUUUAUUCCAAUUGCACAAUGAGGUAAAAGCCAGUUUUAUAUUUGAACCACUUCUUUUUGACCUAGUGCUUUAGUUUUAUCGGAAUUUGAAAUGAAGUUGCAUGUAUGCAUAAGUGGAUUUGUUCAUAUCAUUUCCAUGCUUUGCCUCCCUCAUUCUUUCCCCUUUCUCUGCCCCCCCCCACUGUCAACACUGUAAGCACCUCAGGGCAGGGGCCUGUUUCUUUUGCUUGUGUUACUCUAUAGAGUGUCAUAUACUAUGUAGUUUCAAAGGAUACUAUCCUCUCCCUAGCACUACUUAACAUUUAUAUGUUAAAUAGCCAGAUGGGCAGGGUAUAAAUAAUAAAAUUAUUACCGGUAUACUGAUGACACACAGCUCUAUUUAUCUUUAACAUCUGAAAUGGGAGAGGUGGUGAAAGCUCAGGAUCAGUGUCUGAAGGUAGUGGUGGAUUGGAUGAGGAGCAAUAAAUUGUCUGAAUCCUGGGAAGACAGAGGCUCUUUGGGUGUGUAGUUCCCAUGUCUGGGAGAUUGGCAAGUUACCCAUUGUGAAUGGGGUCGCAUUCCCUCUGAAGGGGAAAGUGUAUAGCUUGGGGUUACUCCUGGUCCUGGAUUCAUCUCUGUUAUUAGAGGCCCAGAAGGUAAGAGUGCCUUUUACCAGCUCUGUCUGGUGAGCCAGCUUCAUCUGUUCUUGGACAGAGAGAGCCUGACCACUGUGGCCCGUGCAUUGGUAUCUUUGAGGCUGCAUUACAGCAAUAUGUGGACCUGCCUUGGGCAGGUCCAGCUGGAAGCUCCAGCUGGUACAAGAUGCAGCAGCCUGACUCCUGAUGAGAGCUUGUGGUUGAGAACAUGUGACACCAUGGUUAAAACAUCUGAACAGGCUACCCAGAUAACACGGACCCAGGUUCAAGGUCCUUGUAUUAAUUUAGAAUGCCCUGAACAACUUAGGUCCUUGGGGACUGCCUAACCCCUUACAUCCCAGCUGAAUCACUGAAAUCAUCUGCAAGAGUGCCAUUGGUUGUCUCCUAAGUUGGCAAGACUCAUUUGACAGCAACAAGAAACCGAUCCAGCCUCCUUCUGUUUUAACCUUUAAGCCCCUGUUGCCAAGCUUUUUUCUGGCAAUUAAAAACAAACAUUUAUAUGGUUUUAAUUGCAUGGCUUUAUGUAAAACAGUUGUAAGCUGGUCUGAUAGUUUAUAUGACUAAUAGAAUAUAAAUAUUUUUAUAAAUAAAUGUAGACUGACAUCAUUAGUAAGAAUAUUAAUAAUAGCUUUUCUGUUUCAAUUUUGUAUUGGUGAUUCACAUAAAAACCGCAAAGACCUUCUGUUGUUUCCUUGCCUUUGAAGUUCAGCACGUGUAAUAUUCCAAAGCUAUUCUUAUGCUCUGCUUUUCAAAUGUUUUUCUGUAGGCCUUUUAGCAGUGACAACUUCUGUCCUCCUCCCCCUGUGCCUCCGAGAGGUCGUGAAAUGCCGCGCUAAAUCUUCAGGAUGCUGAAUACGAAAAUGCAUGGUGUUUAUUCUUAAGGUUGACUUUUAAUAAUAUUGAAUAUCCAGCAAAGGUUUUCUCCUCACUCCGCCCCGUCAAAUGAAUAAUUUUGGCACAGGUUUCUUUGAAAAACCAAACCGAGGGGGUCGGGGAAAGAACAAGAAUUUGACUGUCCUCUUGGCAGUCGUGGCUUUUCAGAACAAACUGGUUACGGCAGAGGAAAGUACACACUGAGCUUCUUCAGGAUUAUGCGAUUCAUCCUUCUUAAUAGCACCAGAUCAAAGGUAGCAAUCCCUCAACGUGAAAAUGGAAUACCUACAAGUGGACCUUUUUCUCUGUUUAUCUACAAAUGAGGUAACAAAUGACGCUUUCAGGUAGGCAGACUGGAGAUGGCAUAGGGCUGUAUUCAACUAAGUAUUACUUAGAGUAGACCCACUGUAAUUAAUGGACCUAACUCAGCGAUUUUCAUAAAUUUCAAUGGGUGUACUUCAAGUAAAGCUUUGAUGAAUCACGCUCACAGUGCAGUGGAAGCUCAACCACAGUACACAAUGGAGUAACUCCUUCGAAAUCUGCCCAAGCAGAUUACCGGUUUUAUGGUGAUUUUAUAUUUCAGACUAUAAAUUGGUGCCUAAAGUAGCUUUUUCAGAUUACAGGGAAACAUUGAGCAUUGUUUUGCACUUUAAGUCCUGUGCCUUAGAACACAGGACCUCUGUGGAAUCUUCGUCCAUGCCUUGGUGUGUAUUAAUUCUGUGGUGAUGUUAUCAAAAGCCACCCAGCAAACUGUGGAUGUUAAGGAACCUGGGUUCUGUAUAAUUUAUGAAUAUCAAUAAAGUUUAUGCACAGAUGUUUAACAUA